AUGGCUGCGACAAGAGCAGACGCAAUAAGGACAAUGGAGCCUCCUCGGGACAUAUCCAAGCAUGAUAUGGGGUGGCGACGAGUUCUGCGCAACUUUACUCCUUCCUGGUUCUCGGUCAAUAUGGGCACGGGCAUCACGUCGAUCCUUCUCAACACCCUGCCCUACAACGGCCGCUGGCUGUACUAUAUUUCAAUCGUGCUGUUUGCGCUCAACGUGCUACUGUUUUUUGUGUUUUGCGUGAUGACCAUUCUUCGAUAUGCCCUGUACCCCCGGAUCUUCGUGACGAUGAUCCGCCAUCCCGUGCAGUCCAUGUUCAUCGGCACGUUUCCUAUGGGGUUUGCCACGCUGAUCAACAUGUUUGUCUUUGUGUGCGUGCCGGCCUGGGGCGAGUGGACGCGCAACUUUGCCUGGGGUAUGUGGCUGUUUGAUGCGGUGGUUUCGGUGCUGACUGCCUUUACGAUGCCUGCUCUGCUGUAUAUCCCCUCUCAUCUUUAUAUCAAAGUACGCAAAACACUGACAAUCCCCCCUCCCAGGAUGAUGCACAUGAAGGAAAUGGAUCUGUCCUCCAUGACUGCCGUCUGGCUGCUCCCCAUUAUCAGUCCCAUUGUGGCCGCGGCGUCCGGGGCUGUAGUGGCCGAGAUACUGCCGAAUGCGCAGCACGCGCAGUGGACGGUCAUGGCUAGUUACGUGCUCUUCGGGAUCGGUCUUCCAACGGCGCUGAUGGUGACGACGAUCUACCUGCAGCGAUUGACACUUUACAAACUGCCACCAAAAAAAGUCAUUGCCAGCGUAUUUCUCCCCCUGGGCCCGCUGGGCCAGGGCGGAAUUCAAAAACUCGGGCUGCUCUCUCGCUCGGUCUUUGCGCAUACCACGGGCACUCCGCCGUCAAAUUCCCUGCCUGCAAUCACCGGCGACGUGUUUUGCGCGCUGGGCUUCAUCAGCGCGCUCGUGCUCUGGGGGUUUGGGCUGCUGUGGCUGUUUCUGGCGCUGGGAGCGAUUGUGCAUACGCGCAAGUUCCCUUUCAAUAUCGGCUGGUGGGGGUUCACGUUUCCGCUGGGCGUGUUUGCGGCGAGCACCUGUCAGCUAGGUCGCGAGCUGGGCUCGCCAUUUCUGCUGGUGCUGGGUACGGUGUUUUCGGUGGCCGUGACGUUGUUGUGGCUUGUUGUUGCGACGUACACUGUCGUGGGCGUGGUCCAGGGGAAGAUCCUCCAUCUUCACAUUGGCCAGGCCGGUGCCCAGCUCGGAAACAGCGCCUGGGAGCUAUACCUGCUCGAACACGGCCUGAAAGCCGACGGAAGAAUCGACCCUGAGCCCGCCCACGAUGUUGGCGAGUCUGGCUCCUUCGAUACCUUCUUCAGUGAGACCAGGGAUGGUAAAUAUGUGCCUCGCUCCAUUUUCGUCGAUCUGGACCCCUCGCCCAUCGACGAAAUCAGGACUGGUGAAUACCGUUCGCUGUUCCACCCCGAAAUGCUGAUUAGCGGCAAGGAAGAUGCUGCCAACAACUAUGCCCGUGGUCACUACACUAUUGGAAAGGAGCUGGUCGACAGUGUCAUUGACCGCAUUCGCCGCGUGGCUGAUAACUGCACAUCCCUCCAGGGCUUCUUGAUCUUCCACUCCUUCGGUGGUGGCACUGGCUCCGGUUUUGGUGCCCUGUUGCUCGAACGCCUCGCAACCGACUAUGGAAAGAAGUGCAAGCUGGAGUUCGCCGUCUACCCUGCCCCUCGUGUUUCCACCGCCGUUGUCGAGCCCUACAACGCCGUUCUGUCCACCCACAGCACCAUUGAGCACUCGGACUGCACCUUCUUGGUUGACAACGAAGCCGUGUACGACAUUUGCCGUCGCAACCUGGACAUCCCCCGUCCCAGCUACGAGCACCUCAACCGCCUGAUCGCUCAGGUCGUCAGCUCCAUCACUUCAUCCCUCCGCUUCGACGGCGCUCUCAAUGUCGACCUAAACGAGUUCCAGACCAACUUGGUCCCCUACCCUCGUAUCCACUACCCAUUGAUCUCCUACGCCCCCGUGGUCUCCAGCAAUCGCAGCUCCCACGAGAGUUUCAAGGUCAGCGACCUCACCUUCCAGUGCUUUGAACCCAACAAUCAGAUGGUUGUCUGCGACCCUCGCAACGGCAAGUACAUGGCGGUUGCCCUUCUCUACCGUGGUGAUGCUGUUCCCCGUGACUGCAAUGCUGCUAUCGCCUCGCUCAAGGCCAAGGCUUCCUUCAACCUUGUCGAGUGGUGCCCUACCGGUUUCAAGCUCGGUAUCAACUACCAGAAGCCCGUACGUGUGCCCGGCGGCGAGCUCGCCCCUGUUGACCGCUCCGUCAGCAUGCUUUCCAACACAACUGCCAUUGCCGAGGCCUGGAGCCGUCUAGACCACAAGUUCGAUCUCAUGUACUCUAAGCGCGCCUUUGUGCACUGGUACGUCGGCGAAGGUAUGGAGGAAGGCGAGUUUUCCGAAGCCCGUGAGGACUUGGCUGCUCUGGAGAAGGAUUACGAGGAGGUUGCCAGCGACGGCAUCGAGGAGAUUGAGGAGGAACCCGAGUACUAG